AUGCCUCAUGUGGGGUACCUACAAGUAGUGCUGGAAGCACUUGACACCUUCCUCUCCCAAAAGGUUCACCCCAGGAGAGUCUGGUUCAGGAGGUGCAAACGGCAGGUGCUAGAUUUAUGGGAUAUGGGCCAGGAUUUCUGGAUCAUGUGCUCUGGAGCCAGCACUCAUGGGUGCUCAAGCUCACAAAUGGCACCAGCAGCUAAGCACAGGUCAAUGACAAAGCAGCUGUUGGCUCCGUUGAGACUUUUCAUAGAUCUUUGCCUGAAGAAAAGGACCUUGGAUAACUUCCUCACCUACCUCAUUAGGUGGGUGGAGCAAAGUUCCAUACACCUGUGCUGUAAGAAGCUGAAGAUCAUUUCAAUGCCCAUAGAAAAUAUUAUGAAGGUCCUGAGCAUGGUGCAGCUGGACUAUAUCCAGGAGGUGGAAGUGAAUUGCAUUUGGCAUUUGUCCACACUGGCCAUGUUUGCUCCUUUCUUGGGUGAGAUGAGUAAUGUGCAGAGACUCCUUCUCUCCCACAUCCACCUGUCUGCCUUUGAAGAGCAGGAGCAGCAUCACGUGCAAAUUAUGUCUCAGUUCCUCAGGCUACCCCAACUCCACGAUCUCCAUCUGAAAUCUCCCUCCUUCCUAGAAGGCUCCCUGGACCAGAUGCUCAAGUGCCUGACGACCACAUUGGACAACCUCUUAAUAAUUAAAGAAUCAGACUUGACCCAUCUGUCCAAAUGCCCGAAAAUUGGUCAGCUAAAAGGCCUGGAUCUGAGUGGUGUCAGGCUGACCAACUUUAGUCUUGAUCUCCUCCAAGUUCUGCUAGAGAAAGUUACAGCCACCCUCCAGGAACUGGACUUAGACCUGUGUGGGAUCAUGGACUCCCAAUAUGAUGCCAUCCAGCCUGCCUUGAGCCACUGCUCCCAGCUCAGGUCCUUCAGCCUGUGUGGGAAUCUCCUUUCCAUGGCUGUCAUAGAGAAGAUGUUGCUACACACCACUGGGCUGCCCUGUUUAAGUCAAGAGAGGUAUCCUGCCCCUCAGGAGAGUUACAGCCCUCAGGUGGGCGCCGCCCAGGCGGCCUCAGGAAUUCGUAACCAUGGAAACACGGUGAAGCGGGCUGGGAUGGACAUGAAGCAGCAGGACAGCAAGCUGGCAUCUCGGCCUAGCAAAGUUUCACAAGUGAAAUAUCAGAACCUGGGCUGGGACGGCCAUCCCUGCCCUGGGGGAGGUGGAGAUGAGGGGCGCAGAGAGAGUCCCCCUGCGUUCCGGUUCCCAGUCCCCCUGCGGCUGAGAACCUGCCUUCGCUUCCUGCCCUCAGGCGUGGGAGAGGAAAAACGAUGUUCCCUCAACAAUCCUCCUGAGUUCUUGCCUGAGAAGCCCCUGUCCCCAAAAGACAGCUCGAGAAGAGAGCAACCCACGGCUGAGGAACGCGUGCACUGUGCCCCCCACGCAGGAGAAGCCCAAGCCAGAAGUCACUCGAAACAGCGGGCUCUGAGCUUGAGCUUCUCAAGGAAGAUUUUUGUCCUCCUUUCAGGUCAGGAAAAGAGAGAGAGGCAGAGCAGCAGAGCGUCCUUGUCGCCCACCCGUCGUUUCUGA